AUGAAUAAUUAAAAACUGAUCAACAAUACAUAUAUAAUAAAAAAGAGAAUUUCAUCUGGUUCUUUUGGAGUUGUAUAUUUAGGACAAGAUAUUAACACUCGAAAUUUUGUGGCAAUAAAAGUUGAUAAGGAAAAAAAAGAGGAAUCUAGUCUUAAAAGAGAAGUAAAAAUAUAAAAUUAUAAUUAUACUAGGCAGAAAUUUUGAGAAGGCUUUAGCAUUUGAAACAUAUACCAAAAUUAUAUUGGUCAGGAAAGGAAGGAGAUUCAACCUAUUUAGUGAUUCAAUAUUUAGGAAGAGAUUUAACUCAUUAUAUAAGGACUUAUAAAAAAUUUUCUUUAAAGUGUGUUCUUAAUAUUGCAGAACAAAUGAUAAUAAUUUUAGAAAGUUUACAUAAACAGUAUUGGUAUGUGUUUUAAUUUAAAGCAAUGUUAUCCAUAGAGAUAUAAAGCCUGAAAAUAUAUUGGUUGGUAAGGAAGAUGAAGAAAAUCAACUUUUUAUUGUAGAUUUUGGGAUUAGUAAAUUCUAUAAAGAAUAAAAUGAAUUACAUAUGUAUUAUAUCUUUGGAUAAAACUUAGAUCUUAUAAAGAAAAGCAACCUUUUAUAGGAACUACUCGAUAUGCAAGUAGCAAUGCUCAUAAAGGAUUAUCAUUGAGUCGAAGAGACGAUAUGGAAUCAUUAUGUUAUAUGCUAAUUUAUCUAAUAAAAGGUAUUGAUAAAAAAUAAUUAAAGGUUAAUUGCCAUGGCAAAAUAUUUAAUUUACAUCAGAAGAUGAUAAAAUAAACUAAGUAGGACAAUUAAAAAUGAAUAUAGAUUCAAAUGAAUUAUGUUAAGGAUUACCAAUAGAAUUUACUAGAUAUUUAGAUUAUGUUAAAGGUUUACAAUUUAAAUCAGAACCGAACUAUAAAUAUUGUUUAUCGUUGUUCAGAAAAAUUUCAAAUGAACAUAAAUAUUUAUCUAGAAAUCUUAUUUUUGAUUGGAUAAUCUCUUAAAAAACAGAUAGAGAUGGAUCAUAAGCAAGUAGUAAUCAUUUUAAUAGCAAACCAUCUUUGUAAUUAUAUAAAAUAAAACUCUUAGAUUUAAAAAAUCGAAAGAAGAUCUUUUAGGAUCAUAAUUAAAUUAAUCAAUUGAAUAGGAAAUGAAUCCAGUAAUUAAAAUGCCUGAUAAAAAGAGAACCACUCUUACACCAGAGAUUAAUCGCAAAAAAAAUAGAUUAUUAUCUAUAAGCAGUAAUAAUGAUACUGUUUCAGAUAAUGAUUUCAAUAAUAGUAUAAUGAUUGGAAUACAACCGAGUAUGUUAAGUAGAUUAAGCAAGAUUUCUUUUAAUUCAAACUCAAAGUUUUAGAAUAGUAAAUCUAACCAUUCUAUAAAUGCAAAUAAAAAUCAGUUUGAUCAUCUAAUCUCAAUUUCUCCUGAUUCAGAUUUUGAAAAUAUUCUCAAUGAAUAUAAACGAAAAUCUCAACCAAAUCAAUCAUUCAAUUAAAUACUGAAAGAAGAUGAUACAACUAUUGAAUUUUAAAAGAUGAAUGAAGGAGAAGAAGGAAUAGAGAGAAAAUAUAUAGAGCUUAAACUACGUUUUAUAAGAGCGUAUGUAAAUUUUGUAUACUAUGUAGUCGUUUUAAACCUAGACUAAACAAUAAGUUAAAAUGA